UGCACUAAAACUUUCUAUCUCGCUUUAUUCAAACUGUAAACAUACAUAUCUAUUUCAUAUAUCUAUUUCAUUUUAAAUACAACGAGUGUAUUUAGCUACAGCUACACACACACAAUGUCUAAUAGGGUGUAGGCAAGAGAACUACACAACUGCGCUUCAUUCUGCCGUUGACUGCUAUGGUGGUGAGAAUGUUAACAUAUGACAUGUUUGAAACGAAUAACACAUAUUAAAAAAUUUAAAUAGUUACAACUGCAGACAUCUUACGUAGAGAGACAUUUAAUAGAUAUAGCGUGAAAAUGGCAACAGAAUUAAAUAACAAAAACAAUUGUAAAAAUGAUGAUGAGAAUAAAAGUGAUUACGAUAAAAAUGAUUAUGACGAAAAUGGUUAUAAUGAAAAUGAUUGUAACUGUGAUGAAAAUGAUUAUAAUGAAAGUUGUGAUGAAAAUAAUGAUAAAAGCAACUGUAGUACAAGAGAAGCUAUUCGUAGAACAUUUUAUAAAAAUCGAAUAAAAUGGGAUAAUAUUAAAUUAGAACUUGAUGAUAACACACCACAAGAAAAAAGACGUAAACUGUUGUUAGAAUAUCAAAAAAAAUAUAGAGAUGAAGCAAUUAAUGCUACACGUGGCAUAUUGCAAGAAAUACAGUCUUAUGAUUUGGCAGAAAAUGAAAUAGAAGAGAUCGAGAUGAAUGAGAUGGUAGAGGAACUUCCUUCACAGCUUCCAAAAGAAUCCAGAAUUAAUCAAAUGAUGUUAUCAGAAUGGAUGUUAGAAAUACCGCAAGACUUAACUGAAAACUGGAUUAUGGUCCCAUGUCCAGUAGGCCAUCGCACUAGAUUAGUCUCACGCAUGGGUGUCACAAUGGCAUAUUCUAGAAAAGGCGUUUUAUGUAGCGUCUUUCCUUCAGCACUUCCAGGUGGAAAUCCUGACACUGCCUUACGUCAUUCUGCUAUCGUAGAUUGUAUAUGGAUAAAGAGUCGAAAACUUUUUUAUAUAUUAGACGUACUCUAUUGGAGUCAAUUGCCAUUCAUGAGUUGCGAGGCUGAAUUCAGGUUUUUCUGGAUUCAUAACAAGUUUCAAGAAAUACCAGAAUUCAAGGAACGCAACACUGAUACAAAUAGAUAUCCCAUUUUAUCUUUACCAAAUAUUUAUUGUAACUUAGAUUUGAGUUUAGCUUUGACAAAUCUUGAUAAUGAAUUAUAUCCUUUGGAUGGAUUUUUAUUUUAUCAUCGUAAAGCAUUGUAUAGUUUCGGAAAUACUCCACUUGUGACAUGGUUAAAACCUUUCAUGUUAUCUGAAGCACUUGGAAUAUCUGUAUCUCCCUCGUUUAACAAGAAACCAGAUGAUUACAUAAAUUUUGAAGAUCAUAUACAAAAAAUAAACAAGAAAAAUAAUAAAAAAAAAUAGAUAAUGAUUCUAUGGAAAUAGAAAAUAUUGUUUAAUAUAAGGACAUUUAUAACCAUGAUCUCAAUCUAGGAAUAAUUAAAUAAAAAUAAUACAUAUACAUAUUUUUAUAAAAACUGAUAAAAUCUUUCUUUUAUGUUAAUAAAUGAUACAUAAAAUGUGAACAAACAAUGCAACAAUCAUGAUUGUAUGUAAACUGUAUAUUAUUCACAAAACAUUAAAACAAGAAGAGUUUAUAUAUCAAAGCAUACUGUAUGAAAUAUAUCAAAAGCUCUCUCACUUAAAUACAUCAAUAUGUUAUCC